GGGAGGCUGCGGCGCGCGGCCGGCUGCUGCGGGCCCGGGCCCUGAGCCGUGCCGCCCGGCUCGCCCGGGCCCCGCCGAGGCCGCGGCGCCCCUGCUUCAGCUCGGGAGGACUCGCUCCAAACUCCCUGAACUUCCGGGACAGUCCCGGGAGCGGAGCGGCGAGACUCCGUGUUGGCAGCCCUGCCCACGGACCCCACCCCAGGCGGCGCCCUAGCAGCACGCCUUGCCGAGCCCCCUGCGGACACGUGCGGGGAGCCAGAGAGCCUCCAGGGUCCCGGACGGAGCUGACGGUCCCCAGGCCUGUGCCAGGCCACGAUGCUCUUGAGGAAAGCGCCGGGCUUCGUCCCGGCCUCGCCGUGGGGGCUGCGGCUGCCGCAGAAGUUCCUUUUCCUUCUCUUCCUCUCGGGCCUCAUCACCCUGUGCUUCGGGGCCCUAUUCUUGCUGCCGCACUCCUUUCGCCUCAAGCGCCUGUUCCGGACCCAGCAGCCCGGCCUGGAGGUGGUGGCCGAAGUCCCCGGUCACCACCCGGCCCGGGAGCAGGAGCCGCCUCCCAACCCGGCCCCCGCCGCGCCGGCCCCAGGCGAGGACGACCCCGGCAGCCUGGCUGGUGCCCGCCGCAGGAAGGAGUGGCUGAGGCGCACUCGUCCCACCGGACCCCGGGAGGAAGCCACCGCGGCCCGGGGCAACAGCAUCGCGGUCCCCAGGCCGAGGGAGGAGAGCGUCCCGUUCAGCUUCGACUUCAACGCGUUCCGGAGCCGCCUCCGCCACCCGGUCCUGGGGAUGAGGGUUAAUGAGAGUAAGCAGCCCCAGAGCCGAGUUCGAGCCCAGCGGGAGAAAAUCAAGGAGGGGCUCUUAUUCAGUCACCUGGACCAUCUGCAGCUCCCUUUCUCAAAGCUGCCUCUGCGUGCACUAACUGCCCUUCUGGACGCCCUAAAAAG